CUUAUUUGAGUGAGCUAAAGUCAGAGUAAAAAAAUGGCCACCAAGUCACAUUUGAAGCUCACCCCAAUUAUCUUCAUCAUCUUCAUCUCCAUUCUCACUCCCCAAGUCCAUUCACAGUCUGAUGAAUGCGGCACAGAAACCAACUCCUGCAAUGACAAGUCUGGAGCUGUGCCGCUCAAAGUCAUAGCCAUAACCUCAAUUUUGGUCACGAGCAUGAUCGGGGUGUCCUUGCCUCUUGUUACUCGUUCGAUACCCGCGUUGCACCCCGAUCGAAACCUGUUUGUGAUUGUCAAGUGCUUUGCAGCCGGCAUCAUCCUUGCCACGGGGUUCAUGCACGUCUUGCCUGAUUCUUUUGAUAUGUUAUCAUCCAACUGUUUGAAAGAAAACCCGUGGCACAAGUUUCCUUUCUCAGGGUUUGUGGCUAUGCUCUCUGCAAUUGUGACUUUGAUGGUGGAUUCUAUGGCCACUAGUAUUUAUAGCAAGAGAUGCAGAACUGGAGUUAUCCCAGAUAAUGGGACGGUUGCAGCCGUUGAGGUGGACCAAGAGAUGGCUGCGGUGGGUGCUGGGCAUGGUCAUUUUCAUGCUCACAGUCAUGACAUAGUCAAGGAAGGAAAUGGAGACUCACAGCUUCCCCGUUAUCGCGUUGUUGCCAUGGUAUUAGAACUGGGUAUCAUUGUUCACUCAGUUGUUAUUGGUCUUUCUCUUGGAGCAUCAAACAACACUUGCACAAUUAAAGGUCUUGUAGCUGCCCUUUGCUUCCAUCAAAUGUUUGAAGGCAUGGGUCUUGGUGGUUGCAUUCUCCAGGCUGAGUACAAGUUCAUGAAGAAGGCCAUCAUGGUGUUCUUCUUCUCAACAACAACCCCAUUCGGAAUUGCAAUCGGAAUGGCCCUUACAAAAUCGUACAAGGAAAAUAGUCCAAGGUCGCUAAUCACAGUAGGGCUGCUCAAUGCAUCCUCUGCUGGCCUUCUUAUCUACAUGGCUCUGGUUGAUCUUCUUGCUGCUGACUUCAUGGGUCCAAAGUUGCAGCGUAGCAUCAAGCUCCAGAUCAAAUCUUACAUGGCGGUCCUUUUGGGUGCAGGUGGCAUGUCUGUAUUGGCAAAAUGGGCUUAAUUAUAAGACCAAUAAAUUAUUCAUGCCAUGAUCUGAAAAGCAAUGUUAUAUAUUGCACUUAUAAUAUGUGUUUUGAUUUCCUCAAGUUUUAGGUUUAUGAACGUUAUAUGUUUCCACAGGUCGAUCUUUUUGUGUUGUCACUUUUGUAUUGUGAUUUCCUCAAGUGCUAUAAAUAGCCAAACUUCCUUGUUUCAA